CAGUUUUGCAGGAAGCUUGCACCAUGGGCAAGGAGGCCAACAUCGUUGCCAUCGCGGUCCUCUCGCGGGCAUGGGUCUCGACCAUGGCGAUGAUCAGCGCGUACCUCAUCACGCCCUACGAUACAUCUGCAACGUCUUCGUCCAUCUUCCGCGCCUUUGCCACAUGGGACGGCGUCUACUACGUCGACAUGGCAGCCGAUGGCUACGGCUACGAGAACACCCAUGCGUUCUUUCCGCUCUUUGGCCUCCUGGCACGCUACGCCAGCGUGCUUCUUGCCCCGUUCUGCGCUCCGCAAACGGCCAUCUUGGUGGCAGGCUGGUGCAUCAGCAACGUGAGCUUUGUCCUUGCCGCGCGCUACCUCUACCGUCUCGGGCAACUGCUUCUCCAGAACGAGACGUUGGCGCGCCGCUCGGCCAUCUUCUUUUGCUUUUGCCCCUCUGGCAUCUUUAUGUCGUCGUGCUACAGUGAGAGCUUGAUGUGCGUCCUGAGCUUUGGUGGCAUGUACUACCUCGAGCUCUACCGCACGUCGGCGCCGCAUCGGUCCUCGACGCUGUACCUCGUGCUGAGCGCGAUCCUGUUUGGCCUGUCGUCCGCCACGCGCUCCAACGGCAUUCUUUUGUCUCUGUACAUUGCCUACUACCGCCUUCUCGCGUCGCCCUCGCCAACCCAAGCGCUCAUUUCGUUUCUGCGCUACUGGGUCGUCACUGCGCUGCUCGGCGUCGUGGCCAUUGGGCCCCAACUGGUCUACUUUGCGUUUGGUAUUGCCGCCUACUGCCCGUCCUUGUCGCCGUACACGGCAUCUUUUGCAUCUCUUGUCGGCCUCACGUCCAAGCUCGCCAUCGAUCGGCCGUGGUGCGCCAACGUCGUGCCCAACGUCUCGGCCAUGUACAUGUUUAUUCAGAAAGAGUACUGGGGCGUUGGCCCGUUUGCCUACUACCAACUGAAGCAGAUCCCCAACUUUGCGCUGGCGACGCCGAUGUUGCUCCUCUCGUCGUACGCGCUGCUGUCGUACUGGCGUCCACGGACGCGUUCUGCCGCCGUGGUGCUGCCGUCGCCGCUGCAGCCCUACAUGGCGCAUCUCGCCUUCCUGCUUGCAAAUGCCCUUGUCGUGCUCCACAUCCAAGUGCUGACGCGGUUCCUCUGUGCCAACCCGCCGAUCUUUUGGGCUGCGGGCCACCUCUCGAUGACGCACCCGACGGCGAGCAAGGGGCUUCUGCUGUAUGCGCUUGGCUUUAGCGUUCUCGGCGCAGUCCUCUUCCCGUCGUUUUAUCCGUGGACUUGAGGAUUUCGUCAUGAGAACGAUUUCUAGACCUGUAAAUCGCACUUGAAUCGGCAGCUACUACAUCACUCCUCA